AUGGGGUGCACCAGUAGCAAACAGGAGAUUGACCAUCCGGCCACAACAUCAUCGACGCUAUCUCGUCCUCCAACUAGGACGCCCUACACCCCUCGUAAGGGUGCCCCUCUUGAUGCCACUGGUGCUGUUAGUGCUUCGACCACUGCAUCUGGCAGGGACCAGCCACAGGAAGUCGAAAAGUCAUCGGCGUCGUCAACUCCUCCUACCACAGAAGAGUCCUCUACCAAGCGUAGGGAGAGGGAUGAGUUUGAUUUUAGUAGUGGCGAUGAAGAUACUACUAGAAGAGCCCCCCGGCCUAAGCGUAAAGGUGACGGACUCAUCCCGCCCUGGGAUGAAGUGGCUGAGCGGCAGAGGGCCUUGGAGGAUCGACAGAGAAUGAGAAGGGAAAGGGAGAUGCUACGAAUGCAGCAACAGCAACAGCAGAUGGAAGGGCCGAGCCCUAGAGGGCCAACCCCGGGAGGUUAUGCUCAGCGCGUGAGCCCUAGGUCUUCCGCAUUAUACGCUAGGACGGCCUCUCCUCGUCGCAGUCGGCCACCGCCCUCUGGGAGCUCCUUGGCGGCGUAUCCUUAUUAUCAGCAGUACACCCCGAGAUCAACAGUACAUAGUCGCUCUCCCUCCCCUCGGCGCACUUCCUCGACUGCAUCGGUAUCGUACUAUUACCAGCAACAGAGCCCCAGAGGAGCCCCCAACUUCACACCAAGGGCUUAUCAACAGGCGAGCCCUCGUGGAGGGGGCAUGGCCAACUACCCGCCACCUAGCCCUAGAGGGGCCACUCCGAGGGUCGGUGUAGCUACCCCUAGAGGACGAACUUCAGUAGUAGCUAGUGGUGAUCCCUACGUGCUGGGAACUCCUCGAGGGUCAGCAUCAGCUUCACCUUUACAUUAUCAACCUCCCUCGAGGGAGAUGGUUCCACGAAGUGACGGUACCCCCCUCACAAAGGGCCACCCCCUAAAAGCGGUGCUGGUCUUCUUCCUUGUUGCCGCUGCUCUUGUUUACUAUCUCGUACUCCUUAUCACAUCAGCUGAGGAUGUCAAGACGAAGCUGUUGGCGAUACCGAGAGCAUCUCUGCAUUUCUUCCUCUCAAAGGACCGCAAGUGGAAACAACCGUCUGAUACCCGAAUCAUUUUGGAGGAGUCGAGAGCCUUCCCUGAGAGAGCCCACCGGAAGCGCAUCAUAUUCCUGAGACACGGAGAGAGUAUGUGGAAUGUGGUUUUCAACAAAGGAUUCGGCCCGUCGUUUCCGUUGAGGUUGUUGAAGUGCUCGAUAAAAGAGUUGGAGCUGAUGCCUACUGCGGAUUCGCUGUACUGGGAUGCUCCUAUUUCGCCAGAUGGAAUUCAGCAGAGUUUGAAGUUACUCAACUGGAUUGAAAACAAUAAGAAAACCAACGAGUAUGCGCGAAUUCUCGCAGGGGACGACCACGAGCAUACUUCUGUUAUGGCGUCCUCGAAUUUGCGGAGAGCUGUGUCUACCGGGAUGAUAGCAUUAUCAGCAAGGCUGUUGCAAAAUGAAGAUGCACCUUCCACUGGAGGGCACAAGCAGGAGCAGAUCUACGUCAUGAGUGCCCUACAGGAGAUGACUCGGAAUGUGGAUGGUUUUGCUCUGACGCCCAAGAAGGGUAUUCCUGGUCCCAGUUUUGUCGAAGUUGCGGAACCUAAAAUCAAGGGUGUGGUUGAUUUCUAUUCAGAGCACAAGCUUAGCGGGAAGUUUAACGACGGAUCGAAGCCCCUCAGUUCGAAUGGCCUGAUGAGGUUUCAUGAGUUCUGCGACUGGUGUUUCAACAGUCCGAUGGCGCGCGAUGUGGACUGUGUUAUAGCGAUUGGACAUUCUCUUUAUUUCCGAGAAUUCUUCAACGCGUUCCUUCCCCGAGGCGUACGAACACCCGCAAGAUCUAACAAGAUGCUCAACUGUGGCAUUACUACUUUCGAGUUAGUCUCUACUGGCAAAGGAAAAUACGCCAUCGAUCCCAAAUCGGUGGAGUUGGUAUACGGCGGUUUUCACGGUGUGAAGGACACUAAGCAUCUCGACUAA